CAGGCCUUCGGAGUCGACCAGAGCUAUUCGCUCAUCAGUUCUCUUGUGGACCACUCGACGUCGUGCAGACAAAUUACUUGGAUCCCGCGGGCUGCUAUUACACUUGAUUCGCGGUUCCUCACUGAAGUGAUUAUAUACUGGCCCAGAUCGACACCCGCUCGUGUCAAUCUCGCCUCCUCGCCCUUCGCAACUGCUCUCAUCUCAGGCUUCGCUGUCACCCCCGUACGCCAAACCUGCCGGCAUGAACGGUUACGAACACUUAGAGAUCCAAUACCCAUGGUCUCCGUAUGCCCCGCCCAUAUCCGCACAUGCCGGAUCAUUGCCACGUUCCUCGUCGCCAUGGUCCGAAGACACGCCAUUCGUUGAGCGUGAACAAACUAUUUGCUCCGAUUUCACAUGUUGCGGGCUGUCUCUAAGAGACCUUCACUCAUUAGUUGAUCACUUUGAGGAAGCACAUGUUGUAGUGUUCGACAGCGCAGGAAAUGCUGUGUACCCGAACCCUAGCCCGAUCCUUCGCGUCCUCGAUCACGAGAAUGAGGGGCCUUACAUGAGUUUUGUGUUGGGUUAUCCUGCACCAAGGCCUCCUGUGGCGUUUCUUGAACCGGAAUCUGCCUUCGGAUCUGUGUCAGACUGGUCUUCGCCUUCGGCUACUUCAGAGCCGAUCAGUCCUGUUGAGACGAGUUCAGAGGAAUGUAUACCACAAAACUCUUUCACCAAAGUGAAGAGCAAGCCAGUUCGUAUUGGGAAACGGGUACAUCGACCUCAUCAACGAAAAAAAGACAAGGCUUAUAACUGUCCUGUAAGCAUCCCCCUCAUUACGCCCACAUGUUCGCCCCAUUAAUUUCCGCUGAUUAGCGGCUUGAACGCAAACGGGUUGAAAU